CAAAAAACCCUACGCUUUCGCCUUCGCAGCAGACGGUGCACGGCAAACAUGGCGCUUCGAGUCUCCUCUCGCCGCCAAAUCUCCUCCUUUCUUCUCCACUACUGCCGCUUCUCCUCCUCCUCCUCCUCCUCCGCCGCCGCCGCCGCUCCCCGGCCUCCCUACGACCCCGAGAUCCGCCGCCUCGCCCGCCUUCGCCGCUUCUCCGACAUCGAGUCGCUCCUCGAGCCCCUCAAGAAGGACCGCGAGAACGCCUCCUCGGAGCCCUUCCUCGCCUCCGUCGUCGCCUCCUACGCCUCCGCCGGGAUGCUCGACCAGGCCCUCCGCACCCUGGACGAGAUCCCCCGCCUCGGCUCCCCCCGCACCGCCAUCUCCCUCAACGCCCUCCUCUCCGCCCUCAACCAUUCACCCCGCCGCUUCGGCCGCCGCCGCCUCGUCCCCGAGCUGUUCGCCGACCUCCGACGCAAGCUCUCCAUCGCCCCUGACGCGGUCUCCUACGGCAUCCUCGCCAAGAACCACUGCCUCGCAGGCGAGGCUAAGAAAGCCGUCCCGAUCAUCAAGGAGAUGGAGGAGAAGAAGAUCGAGGUCACUGCGGUGAUCUACACCACCAUCCUCGAUUCGCUAUACAAAGAAGGCAAACCUCAAGAGGCCGAGAGGCUUUGGAAGGAAAUGAAUACCAAAGGGAUCCAGCCCGAUCUCCCUGCUUAUAAUGUUCGGGUUAUGUACCGAGCUUCCCAUGGGAAGCCAAAAGAGGUCCUUGAACUGAUCGGUGAGAUAAAGUCCGCGGGGUUGAAGCCAGAUAUCAUAACUUACAACUAUUUGAUGGCCUGUUACUGCAGUCAUGGUAGAUUUGAGGAUGCAAAGAAGGUCUACAGGGAAUUGGAGGAGAAGGGGUGUGUGCCAAAUUCCUCGACUUGUAAAAGUUUGGUGUUGGCUUUGUGCAAAAAAGGGGAUUUCGGUGGAGGCCUGGAUGUGUUCAUGGAUAGCAUGAAGCAUGGCAAGUUGCCUGAUUUAGGUUCCGUGAAGCUGCUGGUAGAGGGGUUGGUGAAAGCUUCUAAGCUAAGGGAUGCAAAGAGGGUAGUUGGUGGAUUGAAGAAGAAGUUCCCGGAAGACUUCGUGGGGGAGUGGAAAAAGUUGGAGAAGGUGGUUGGUUUGAGUGCUGAUGAAGAGGGAUCUGAUAACACGAUGACUGCUUAAAAUUGAGGAUUAUUUUUUUUCCAUUUAGCAAAUCUUAUGGUGGAUUUUGACGAUCACAAUUGAGAACACAGAUGUUGGUCCUUUAGUUUGUCAUAAAGUGGCUGGAUAGUGCUCUAACUGUGUUUUAUACUUCUAUUCUCUGAUGAGGUAUGAAGCUUCCUUUUCGUGUC